GGGGCGUCUGCUGGGUUUCCCUCCUCCGGAGCCAGCCGAGGCCUCCGCCCUAUACGCUCCCCAUCCGUAAGCCGCCUCCACCGGAGCCCGCCCGCCCUGCCGCUCCGGGUGGCUGAGGCGUCGACCGCCCGUCAGUCAGCCCGCCCCUACGAGGCUUGAGGGCGGGGACAACCCCCGCGCCGGGGCCCGGUUCCCUCCCGCGCAGCCCCGAGGUCCCCUCCUCCUCUUCCUCCUCACCGCCCGCCCGGCCCCUCGCUCCGCCCAGCGUCUGCGGGGAAGGGAAACCGAAAGUGCGCGGCGCCGGGCGGGGCCGCGGACCUACCUCGGGAGCCCGACUACCAGUUCACGACGGCGGCACUGCGAGCGGACGCGCCGAAGCCCAGACCUGUAGAAAAAAGAGAAGGGACGACAGAUUUCUUGCUGGUCCUAAGAAAACAGCAUCCCUUAGAUGCUAAGCCUCCUGGCUAUUGAAACAUGGCAUUUCCUUCUCUUGAUUGAGUGGAGCGGAGGGCUUAAUCAGUUUGGCUGCAUUCCAAAGAUAACUGAAAGUAGCAUGAACGUGGAGGAACUCAGAUAACUUAAAUAUGGAGGACAGAAGACCUUGUCCAGACGCCAGGCCCAGGAAUCACCAUACUAACCACAGAGGGCCUAUGGAUAGAGAAUUACCACCAAGAGCUAGAAAUCAGUCCAAUAACCCACCAGCCAAUCCUUUCAGAGGAGGAGUUAAUCAGCCAGGAAGGCAACCUAGGGCCAACAACCAUCCUGUUCCUUACUGGCAAAGAGAAGAAAGGUUUGGAGCCAUGGGCAGAAACCCACAUCCAGGGAGGAGGAACCAUGAGGGUAAUACCAGUGAUGAACCUAGAGGUCAAAGACAUGGUAGUCAGAAGAAUGAUGCCAAGCAGAGAAACGGCAACCAGGAGGGAAGGAACCACAGACCACCAUGGUCCGAUGAAAAUUUCCAGCAAUGGCGAACCCCCCACCAGAAGCCUUCAGAACAGUCACAGCAGGUGAAGAAACUCGGCUAUAAGUUCCUAGAAAGUCUUCUGCAGAAAGAUCCCUCUGAGGUGGUCAUCACACUUGCCACAAGUGUAGGGUUGAAGGAACUCCUGUCUCAUUCUUACAUGAAAUCCAACUUCCUUGAGCUCAUUUGCCAGGUUCUUCGGAAGGCUUGCAGCUCCAAAAUGGACCGCCAGAGCAUUCUCCAUGUCCUGGGCAUAUUGAAGAAUUCCAAAUUCCUCAAAGUCUGCCUGCCAACUUAUGUGGUAGGGAUGAUCACCGAACCCAUCCCUGACGUUAGAAACCAGUAUCCAGAACACAUUAGCAACAUCAUUUCCCUCCUCCAGGACCUUGUAAGCGUCUUCCCCGCCAGCUCUGUGCAGGAAACUUCCAUGCUCAUUUCUCUCUUGCCAACUUCUCUUAAUGCUUUGAGAGCCUCUGGUGUUGACAUAGAAGAGGAGACAGAGAAGAGCCUGGAAAAGGUGCAGACCAUCAUUGAACAUCUGCAGGAAAAGAGGCGAGAGGGCACUUUAAGAGUGGACACGUACACUCUAGUGCAGCCUGAGGCAGAGGGCCAUAUUGAGAACUACCGGACCAUGCCCAUUUACCCUACUUACAAUGAAGUGCACUUGGAUGAGAGACCAUUCCUUCGCCCCAACAUUAUUUCUGGAAAAUAUGAAAGCACUGCUGUCUAUCUGGAUACCCAUUUCCGACUACUGCGAGAGGAUUUUGUCAGACCUCUGCGAGAAGGCAUUUUGGAACUUCUCCAAAGCUUUGAAGACCAAGGCCUGAGGAAGAGAAAGUUUGAUGAUAUCCGAAUCUACUUUGAUACCCGGAUUAUCACCCCUGUGUGUUCAUCAUCAGGCAUUGUCUACAAGGUGCAGUUUGACACAAAACCACUAAAAUUUGUUCGUUGGCAGAAUUCCAAACGAUUGCUCUAUGGGUCCUUGGUUUGCAUGUCCAAGGACAAUUUUGAGACAUUUCUUUUUGCCACUGUGUCUAACCGGGAGCAGGAAGAUCUCUGCCGAGGGAUUGUCCAGCUCUGCUUCAAUGAGCAGAGCCAACAGCUCCUAGCAGAGGUCCAGCCCUCUGACUCUUUCCUCAUGGUGGAAACAACAGCAUACUUUGAGGCCUAUAGGCAUGUCCUAGAAGGACUCCAGGUGGUCCAAGAGGAAGAUGUCCCCUUUCAGAGGAACAUUGUGAAGUGUGACUCUCAGGUGAAGGAGCCAGUGUACUUGCUAAUGGGGGGCAGAUAUGAUUUCACUCCCUUAAUAAAGAAUCCCUCAGCCACUGGAGAAUCUCUGAGGAAUGCCGAGGGCUUGAGACGUCCCACAGUUAAUGUCCUAGACCCCAGCCAGUGGCCCUCAAAAGAAGCCCUGGAGCUGGAUGACUCCCAGAUGGAAGCCUUGCAGUUUGCCCUCACAAGGGAGCUGGCUAUUAUUCAGGGACCUCCUGGAACAGGCAAAACCUAUGUAGGUCUAAAAAUUAUUCAGGCCCUUCUAACCAAUGAGCCUGUUUGGCAAAUUAGCGUCCAGAAGUUCCCUAUCUUGGUUGUGUGUUACACUAAUCAUGCUUUGGACCAGUUUCUGGAAGGCAUCUACAAGUGUCAAACAACCAGCAUCGUGCGGGUAGGUGGAAGGAGCAACAGUGAGAUCCUGAGGCAGUUCACCCUGAGGGAGCUGAGGAACAAGCGGGAAUUCCGCCGCAGCCUCCCCAUGCACCUCCGCAGGGCCUACAUGAGUAUCGUGACACAAAUGAAGGAGUCGGAGCAAGAGCUGCACGAAGGGGCCCAGACCCUGGAGUGCACCAUGCGUGGGGUUCUGCGGGAACAGCACCUGGAGAAGUACAUCUCCCCACAGCAUUGGAAAAGCCUUAUGAAUGGGCCCGAACAGGAUAGCGAAUGGGUUUGCUUCCAGGGCUGGAAACACUCCAUGAUGCUGGAGUGGCUGGGUCUGGGUGUCAGUUCUUUCACCCAGAGUGUUGCUCCAGCAGGACCUGAAAAUACAGUCCAGGCAGAAGGAGAAGAGGAGCAGGAAGAAGGGGAAGAGGAGGGCUCGCUGAUCGAGAUCGCAGAGGAGGCUGACCUGAUUCAAGCCGACCGAGUGAUUGAGGAGGAGGAGGAGGUGGUGAGGCCCCGGCGGCGGAAAAAGGAGGAGAGUGGGGCAGUCCAGGAGUUGGCUAAAGUGCUUCUGGCCAUGAGGCUAGACAACUAUGGCCCUGGAACAGCAGCGGGGCAGGAACAAGCCACAGGAGAGUGGGAGACCCAGCGCAGCCAGAAAAAGAAAAUGAAGAAGAAAGUGAAGGUUGAGCUUCGCAAACUGAACACCAUAACUGAGGCCGAGGCCAAUGAAAUCCAGGACGUUUGGCAGCUGGACUUGAAUUCCCGCUGGCAGCUUUAUAGGCUGUGGCUACAGAUGUACCAGGCCGACACCCGGCGAAAGAUCCUCAGCUAUGAGCGCCAGUACCACACAUCAGCAGAGAGAAUGGCUGAACUGAGACUCCAAGAAGACCUGCACAUCCUGAAAGAUGCCCAGGUUGUAGGAAUGACAACCACAGGUGCAGCCAAGUAUCGCCAGAUCUUGCAGAAGGUGGAACCUCGGAUUGUUAUCGUGGAAGAGGCUGCUGAAGUCCUAGAGGCCCAUACAAUUGCUACAUUGAGCAAAGCUUGCCAGCACCUCAUUCUGAUUGGGGACCACCAACAGCUGCGCCCCAGUGCCAACGUGUAUGAUCUGGCCAAGAAUUUCCAUCUGGAGGUGUCCCUCUUUGAACGGCUGGUGAAAGUAAACAUUCCCUUUGUCCGUCUGAAUUACCAGCACCGUAUGUGCCCUGAAAUUGCCCGACUUUUGACGCCACACAUUUACCAGGAUCUAGAAAAUCAUCCCUCCGUUCUCAAAUAUGAGAAGAUUAAGGGGGUCUCUUCCAACCUUUUCUUUGUAGAACACAACUUUCCCGAACAGGAAAUCCAAGAAGGCAAAAGCCACCAGAACCAGCAUGAGGCUCGCUUUGUGGUAGAGCUGUGUAAGUACUUCCUGUGCCAGGAGUACCUGCCGUCCCAGAUCACCAUCCUCACCACCUACACUGGGCAGCUCUUCUGCCUGCGCAAGCUCAUGCCUGCUAAGACAUUUGCUGGUGUCAAGGUCCAUGUGGUGGACAAAUACCAAGGGGAAGAGAAUGAUAUCAUCCUUCUCUCACUAGUGCGGAGUAACCAGGAAGGCAAGGCAGGUUUCCUCCAAAUACCCAACCGCAUCUGUGUGGCCUUGUCCCGUGCCAAGAAGGGAAUGUACUGCAUUGGAAACAUGCAGAUGCUGGCCAAAGUGCCUUUGUGGAGCAAGAUCAUCCACACUCUUCGAGAGAACAAUCAAAUUGGCCACACACUCCGGCUCUGCUGCCAGAACCAUCCUGAUACUCACACCUUAGUAUCCAAAGCUUCUGACUUCCAAAAAGUUCCCGAAGGAGGCUGCAGCCUACCCUGUGAGUUCCGGCUGGGCUGCGGGCAUGUUUGCACUCGUGCCUGCCACCCCUAUGACUCCUCACACAAGGAAUUCCAGUGUAUGAAGCCAUGCCAAAAGGUCAUCUGCCAGGAUGGGCACCGGUGCCCCCUUGUUUGCUACGAGGAGUGUCAGCCUUGUCAGGUGAAGGUAUGCAAAAUCAUUCCCCGCUGUGGCCAUCAACAAAUGGUUCCUUGUUCCAUGUCUGAGUCAGACUUCUGCUGCCAAGAGCCUUGUCCCAAGGUCCUGAAAUGUGGACACAGGUGCAGCCACCCAUGUGGUGAGGACUGUGUACAGUUGUGUUCAGAAAUGGUCACCGUAAAACUCAAGUGUGGGCACAACCAGCAGGUGAAAUGUGGUCAUGUGGAAGACCUCACGUAUGGCCUGCCAGUCAAGUGCACCACUGAGUGUGGCACCAUCUUGGACUGUGGGCAUCCUUGCCCUGGCUCCUGCCACAGCUGCUUUGAAGGGCGCUUCCAUGAGCGCUGUCAGCAGCCCUGUAAGCGCCUGCUCAUCUGCUCACACAAGUGCCAGGAGCCAUGCAUUGGUGAAUGCCCACCCUGCCAGCGGACCUGCCAGAAUCGCUGCGUCCACAGCCAGUGCAAGAAGAAGUGUGGAGAACUGUGCAGCCCGUGUGUUGAACCCUGUGUCUGGCGCUGCCAGCACUACCAGUGUACCAAACUCUGCUGUGAGCCCUGCAACCGACCCCCGUGCUACGUGCCUUGUACUAAGCUGCUGGCUUGCGGCCACCCCUGCAUUGGUUUGUGUGGGGAACCAUGCCCCAAGAAGUGCCGUGUCUGCCACCAGGAAGAAGUCACUCAAAUCUUCUUUGGCUUUGAGGAUGAGCCUGAUGCCCGCUUCGUGCAGCUAGAAGACUGCAGCCACAUCUUUGAGGUGCAAGCCCUGGACCGCUACAUGAAUGAGAAGGAGAACGAAGUUGCUAUCAAGUUGAAAGUCUGCCCUAUCUGCCAGGUGCCCAUCCGCAAAAACCUGAGAUAUGGAACCAGCAUCAAACAGCGGCUGGAGGAGAUUGAAAUCGUCAAGGAAAAAAUCCAGGGCUCAGCAGUGGAAAUCGCAAGCAGCCAGGAAUGGCUUAAGGCCUUACUGGAGAGCCAGAGCCUCCUCUCCCAGGUGCUUCCUGAAGACUUCCUGAUGUUGAAGGAGAAGCUGACCCAGAAAAAUCUGUCAGUGAAGGACCUGGGCCUUGUUGAGAAUUACAUCAACUUUUAUGGCCACUUAGCUGGCCUGUGGGAAUCCUUGGAAAAGGUGUGUGUCUUAGAACAAAAGAAAGUGAGGACUCGACUAGAGCAGGUCCAUGAGUGGCUAGCCAAGAAGCGUUUGAGCUUCACCAGCCAGGAAUUGGAUGACCUCCGAAGUGAAAUCCAGAGGCUCACAUACCUGGUGAACCUCCUGGCCCGCUGCAAGAUAGCAGAGGGGAAAGUGAGGGGUAGCAUAGCAGAAGAGGUGUACAGUGUCCGAAGGAUCCUGGAGGGAACAUGUAAAUUCACCCAGGAGGAUGAGCAGCUUGUGCAGAAAAAGAUGGAAGCCCUGAAAACCACCCUACCCUGCUCUGGCCUGGGUAUCUCAGAGGAAGAACGAGUGCAGAUAGUCAAGGCCAUGGGUUUUCCUCGUGGCCACUGGUUCAAGUGCCCCAAUGGCCACAUCUACGUGAUCAGCGAUUGUGGGGGAGCCAUGCAGAGAGGCACAUGUCCUGACUGUAAGGAGGUGAUUGGAGGCAUGAAUCAUACUCUAGAAAGUAGCAACCAGCUUGCUUCUGAGAUGGAUGGAGCACAGCAUGCUGCCUGGUCUGACACAGCUAAUAACCUGAUGAACUUUGAGGAGAUCCAGAGGAUGAUGUAGGAAGAUGGCACACCGCUGCCUUUUGCCCAGCCACCACAUGGCUGGGGUCAGCUCCCUUAUGUAGGAACCGAAGUUUGUUUUUUAUUAUUAUCCUUUAGUCUUAGCACCUAUUUAAGGAUCCACUUUUAGGGCUGCCCACAUUUGUUUCUAGAUUUACCCCUGCGCUAGAAUAAGCACUUUACCUCCAGAACUCAGAGCUGAAUUAACAAUUUCUCUUCUUUCUCCUGCAUUAGUGGACACACUCCCUGGAGCAUGUUUGGGGCUUCCACCUAGGGCUACCUAGUGGUAUCUCUAGGUUCUGACUCAGUCAGAUGUUUUUUCUACAGUGCUCCCGGGUAGGAUAUGAGCUCAUAGAAACACUCAUUCUAAUUUCCAGGCCCUAACUUGCAGACUAACUUUCAUUCUAAUAAGAGAGGCCCAGAGGGGAUAUUUACGAACCAGUUUCCCCUCAAGGAGCACAAGAAUCCCUCCCGCCCUCCUCAGGCCCCCUCAUUCCUGGAGAUGGAGGCCUGGGUGAAGACAAAGACUCCACUGACCAAUCCCGACCUACUUACAUAGUCACUGAGUAGGAAAAGUGUGACUGUCCCCAGCCGAGGGCUCGUGAAGCAGGCCUGGGCUAACCCGAGUUAUCCUGUUGUGUGUAUUACCUGUGAUGUGCACUUUGGGAUGGUAACGGUGUUUUUGCUUGCAGUAGGAGAGGUUCAGUAACAGUACCAGCUCCCGGGGGCCCUGAAUGGAACUAAACUCACAUUUGGUACCAGCAGCACCUAUCCAAAGUGUGACCCUUUGCCCCAACACCCUCUUGCAUCUUUUGCCUGGGUAGGGUUAGCAUGCCAGCAGCUUCUGCAGGCCCCAAACCCAUGCCAGAAGCCAGCCCCCAGGCCUGCUGCCUACAUACAUACCCCCUUCAGUCCAGUGUUUCCUAGACACUUAGGCAUCUCAGGUCUUUCUAAUGUCUGCAAGAAAAACUUCCCUUUCCUAUGUAUGCAUUUCCUUUUUUGUCUACUAUGCACUUUAGCCUAUAAAGCCAAUUAAUAAAAACUGAUUGAGAAAA